GUGGAUCAGUGAGCUCCAGAAAGUCUGUAAAGAUGGGUGAGGAUCUUGCAAGUGAAAGUGAUCUGCUGUCAGUGAUCAACGAGUAUCUGAGGUUUGCUGAGUUUGAAGAGACUGCGAGAGUGUUUGAAAAGGAGCUCAAGGGCAAAGGCAAACCUGCCCUCAGAGGUGCAGGACAGUCCCAGAGAGACUCCAAAACCAUCAGCAAUCACGAUGAUCUUCUCAGCUCUUUUAAUGAUGGCGACUAUAAGGUAUUCUCUGAGCUGUGGGCUAAAAAUAUUCCUGCGGAGAUUCGGGAUUUUGAUCCAGUAGCUCAGAAACUGGAAUUCUACUUACAAAUUCAUUUUACAAUAUACCCACUAAAAUCCCCUGUAGGAAGACAAGAUAAAGGAGAGUUUGACAGCAGGAUCACACAUUUCAGGCACUAUCUGGAGACCAGAGGGGCGGCACUGAGCCAGACCACUGAAUUCCUGCCAUUCUACGCCCUGCCGUUCGUGCCCAAUCCCACCGUACACCCGUCCUUCCAGGAGCUUUUCCAGGAUUCCUGGAUGCCGGAGUUGAGAGAAAGCCUGGAGAAGUUUCUCUCAGUGACUCUGAAAGCUUCAAACACACCAAGGCUUCUGACUUUAUAUAACGAAGGUGGAAAGGGCAACAAAGAAGCAAAUCAGCAAAUGCAGCUCCAUCUGACCGAGGCAGAAAGGAAGUUGGCCAUCUGCAUGAGGAGAUUCGCUAAGCUGCAGGCCGACCAUCACAGCCUCAUCGGCGUCACGGCCGAGCUGGUGGAUUCGCUGGAGGCCACAGUCCGUGGAAAGAUGAUCUCCCCAGAGUACCUGCAGGGUGUGUGCAUGCAGCUCUUCAGCGGUCACAUGAGUCAGAGUGCUGCUGAGAGCGUGGACUUCACCAGACCUGGCACUGGAUAUUACUCUAUGAGUCCUUACGAUGAUGGAUAUGCUUCCUCAAUGCUGCGGGCAUCAGUCACACCUCAGAGGCCCAAAGACGUAUCAUUGUUGCCUUCCCUUGACUACGAGAAGCUGAAGAAAGACCUAGUGAAUGGAUCAGAUCGACUGAAGGCUUUGCUGCUUCAAGCUUUGCGCUGGAGGUUAACCAGAUCUCUGCAUGGUGAGCAAAGAGACAUGGUUUUGCAAGCCUUCAUCAGUAAUGAUCUUCUGGAGCGCUACAGUUCCAAACAGAAAACUGUUCUUCAUCUGAUGAAAUCCAAAAAUGGGAUUGUCAGACAGUAUAUGGCACGACUCAUCAAUGCCUUUGCCUCUUUGUGUGGUGGACGUAUGUACCUGUCUCAGAUACCUUCUUUACUGAGGUUUCUGCUCGACUGUCUGAAGACUGAGGACAAAGAGUCUGUAACUCGAGAAAAUGUCCUUGGAGCACUGCAAAAACUCAGCCUCAGGCGAGCACAACAGUCUGCUAUGAUCAGAGACGGUCUGAUUGUCUGGUUGGUCAAAGAGCUCCAUGACUCCGACUGUCUGUCUGACUACACGCUUGAAUAUGCCAUCUCCCUCCUCAUGAACCUCUGCCUGCGCACUCAAGGAAAGAAGAAAUGCGCAGAGGAGGGCAAGCAUGUCCUGAAAGUCCUGACGGAGCUCCUGGGACAUGAGAACCAUGAGAUUCGGUACUAUGUGAAUGGAGCUUUAUACAGCAUCCUGUCCAUGCCAGAGAUACGAGAGGAAGCUAAACAGAUGAGUAUGGAGGAGAUCUUACGCUGUUACAGUAAAGAAGAAAAUACUGAACUCAACAGACAAAUUGAAUUCAUCAUCCGACAGCUUAACUCAGCGGACAUCCCUGAACAUGAACUUGAGUCAGAUGAUGAAGAGGAUGAUGACGACGGCGAUGAUGAGGAAGAUGUGAUGGAGGCAGACCUAGAUAAAGAGGAAGUCCUGCAGCCUCAGCCGAAAGAGCUCAAUGGAGAAUCUUUGCUGACAACAGAGUAUCUCGGGAUAAUGACCAACAUGGUGAAGAUGAAGAGAAGAUCCUAUCCUCCAUCAACACGCAGCACAGACGAGCCACUCCAGAGGCCCGUUACGCCCAGUUCACACAAAAACACCAUAGCUGGUGGUGAUGGAGUCUACGCUGUUACCCAACAGAGAAGGGAAGAUAGCCCCGCCCACUCUCAAUUUAGUUCCCGCCCACCUACUCGCUCU